GGAUGUGAGUCGUAUUUCCGUGAAGACAGCCACGGACUCCGUUUGCUACUCAACUCCACCAACCAGCCUACUCCUAUUUCAGUAUAUAUACAGGGCUCUCAAGUUUUGAAGACAGGCAAGCGUGAGAUUUCCAUCAGCACCCGAUACAGCUGACCGUUCCAUCCCAAUGCGCGCAGGACGGCGUCGGAGCUCUGCAGCGGAACAAUCGAUCGGCGUAUUGAGCACCCCUGCAUUCAAGCAUUAAAUAGCCGAGAGGUUUUUUCAGCGUGACCAAAGGGCAAGAAUGGAAGCUAAAUCAAUGAAAUUCCAGCUGCUUCGUUUCCUGCAGGACAACAGACUUCCAGGGUCAGAUUACCAGUCCACGGUGUCUCUGCUUGUGUCCACAUAUAAAAAACAAACUAUGGAGUUAAAGAAGCCGGCUAGUGCCACGUGGACGAUUGGAGACCUAAAGGACACCAUCUACAGCAACGAGGACAACGUGGUCAACGGGUGGAACAAAUUCUACCUUCCAGAAAUGGUCACCAUGCAGGUUCUGGGUGUGGUGAAGGGGACCUCGUGUCCGUGUGAGCAGCUGGUUCUGAUGACCUGUGAGGACACCAAGGUGUACGGCUACGAUGGAGAGGAGCUGCACUUGGUGGCGUCGAGCAUCAAGAAGCUGUGUUUCGGGGGGUUCAAGUAUCCGGCGGCCAAGUCCUUCGACAAAGGGGAUGCCUUCAAGAAAAUGAGCACCGAGGACUGGAAUGCAGUGAAGGCGGGUGCUGUGGGGCAACAGUUGAACCAAAAGCAUCACAAACUGGUGACGCAAGAGAAGUCCGGAUUCCUGGAGAACCUCAAGUCCAUCAGGAGCAACGCAGGUGCAGCCGACUCGGCAGGAACCGUGGUUGCUGGUGUUUAAUAUUUGGAAACAUUUACACAAUUAAUUGUCUUUUAAAUGAAUGUUCCCAAUGUUUAGUGGACUGUAUCUACCGCUGCUGUUAUAAGUAAGCAGCAUUUUUUCUGAUUAUAUAUAUUUUUGUCAAUAAAAAAUUUAAUUGAUUUGAAUCAACUAAUGGUUCAGAGGUUUAACAAUCUGAUUCCUUCAUAUAAAUAUGUUUAUGAAAAUGAUUUAAAUGCUAUGGCCUCCAAAUUCACCGGAUCUUAAUCAAAUUGAAUCUAGGUGGCUUUUAAUGAUGCCUUCAGAAUCCUGCUCAAGCUUCCGAGAUGGACAAGCACAAGUCAGAUGUUUGUGGGGGGGGGGGCGCUCAGCGCCGCGAAGCAUGUCGGGGCGAAAUUCUCACUAGAACUCAAAUAAAUGUCUCGUCGGAUAUUAAAACACAUUUGGGGGGACUUGAUGACAGAGAGUAACUUGUAUUCUUGAAUACGGAUGAAUGAAAAAAAUGUGUCUCCAGCAAAAAGGGCACUUUACUCAUCCAGGGCAAAAGGGCUGGUGCUUGAGCACCACUAGGGCUCUAUCUGUACACGUGCCUGGUACCAGGUAUGUUUUUUAAUCCUGAGUGGUUUUUUUAGAUGCAAUGGCUGGACCGGUGUCCUCGUAUUGUAUUUCAUAUAUUAUUGUUGUAUUUGUGUUUGUUGUUUUAUGGACGCAUGAGUCUGGAAUAAAGAUAUAUAUAUAUAUUAGGGCUGUCAGCGUUAACGCGUUAAUCUAUGCGAUUAAUUUGGCCGCGAUUAACGCACUAAAAUAUUUUAACGCAACUUUGUUUACUUCCGGUGUCGUUGAAGUUGUUGCACUCCUCUGAGUGUCAAACCGCGGCAGUCCGCCUCCUUCCUCCCGUCUGCUCCUCGAUAUUCACAGAGAAGCAGAGGGCGACGUGUCGGUGCCGCGGGGCGGAAGGUGCAGGUGACUUUCUUUUUUUGUUGCUCCGCCCCGAUGCGCGCGCAGACACAACGGCAUGGAGCUCUGCGGCGCGCGAGACGGAGAGCCGAGAAGAGUGAUUGACACGUCGAGACAGAAUGACAUGCUGCUGGAGAGACGACCAACAACAGACGUUUAGUUUAAUAAAAGAACAAAGACGUCUUUAAGGAAAGAACUGUACAUUACUUCUGCUGUAAUCUGGCGCUAUAGAGAACAUUACGGAGGGGGGCGGGGCCUCACCCUGAUAGAAUGGUGGGGGAAACACUGGGAUGUGUCACAUGCAAAAGCCUUAAAAAGGUGAAUUUACAUUGUUUUGUAAAAUGGAGAAAAUGAGCCCAGGCUCCAGAGGGUUAACAUGACACAUUUGUCAGUUUACCAAGGCCACUGGUUCUGCUGCUGUUCAGUGAUAAAGAUGACAGGACCAAUGGGGUCUCUAAUACACCUUUUCUUACUAAUCUGGAUGUUUCACUGAAGAAACAAUUGAUCAUCCACGAUAUUAAAUACCUCACUGGCACUUUAUAGGUAGGAGCCUCUUUGAAAACACAGCUCUGUGUGAAGUUUUGUCUUUAAAAAAGAAUAUAAUUAAACAAGUGUCUAAAAUACACGCUGUCUGAAGGGAUUACUCGUUCAUUUAGAAGAUUUAGUCUUUAGAAGAAAAAAAAACUUUUAAUAGCGAUUAAUGAAUUUCAAAAUGUGCGAUUAAUUAGUUAAUUUUUUUAAAUCGAUUGACAGCCCUAAUAUAUGUUGGAGAUGUUGGUGCCAGCUCGUCUACCUCCCCAAAACAAAACAAUUGAGAGACAACCUCUUUAUUCCUUUUAUUUUUGAUUUCUCAGAUCAUUUUGUGAUCUAUUAUAGAUUUUGUGAUUUUAGGUGAUGAUUUCCAAUAAUUGAAUAUGGAAGGAAUAGUGCUUUAUUGUCACACAUUCAGAAAGAAUAAUACCCAUUUGUCUUAUAUGAGCAAUUUUAUGUUUAUGUUUUCUUUGCCAAAUAAACGUCUGUUCCAUGGGA